GAAGACAUGAUAUAUCAAGGAUUUACAGUAAGAAUAUUUUAAAGCUAUUUUGUAAAAAUUUAUUACAUUUGUUUCCACAGGAUACAACAAUUAAUGCGGCUGCCCUUGUAUCAAACAUGCCAACGCUUUUGAAUGCCUACAAAACAGCGAAAGACAACGAGAAGCAGACUGGCACUUCUCCGUGCACAGUACCGUAUAUGCGCGAAAUAGACGAAAUUUUUGCCGAAAGUUGCUUGGUGUCCAACAACCACACCAUAAACAUUGGAACAGAUCCUCAAGAGGCAUUGAUUGAGUUUAGUGUGUAUUCACAGGAGCCGAACGCAGCAAAUCCUGUUUCAAAAAAUCGGACAAGGGCUAAAGAACGAUAUGUUGAUAAAAAAAUCGAACAAACAAAGAAAAGUGAUGAAGUGCAGAAAUUGAACAAAAAAAAAAUGAAAAUAGAAGAAGAAAAAUUAAAAAUUUUACAGCAGUCUUUUAUGAAUAAAAAUUAG